UCUGAGCUGUAGUCGGACAUUAGGGUUCCAGAUGUCUCCUCUCUCAGUGAAAAACUGUGGCCAUGUAGUCAUACAUGCUGGGACUGUUGCCCUGGCUGUCAUUGCUCAGUCCAUCUCACAUAUCUUCUGUUACCUGGCAAAGGACAGCAAUGUGCCCAAUGCUGUGUUUCAGACCUCAUCCAGGAAUGUGUCUGAGACCUUCCCCCUGGAGGUGACUAUGGACUGGUGGUCUGAAAGUUUCUGGAUUAUGGUUGACUUGUGGUCUAAAGCCUGGCUCUUGUAUGCAGUGGUCAGCCUCUUUAAAAGAAAUGUCGGUCCAGAAAUCCACCCCCCAGUAUUUUAUCUGAUGUGGACCAUGAUUAACAUUGCAAGGAUUUUCAGCAUGACUCUGUGGGACAGACGCGAUAUACUCGGAGCUGUCCUAGUCUGGUGGAAUCUCCCAGUCAUCAGCUUCUACAUGCUCUACAUGUCCUACUCUAACCUCAACAAGCACAAAGCCUGGCUAGCCAUCAACAACCCUCAUGUGAUCUCAUGGACACGUUACCUGACCCAGAAUGGCUUGGCAGUGUUUGCAUGGUGGUCUCUCUUGAAUGCUGUUGUGGGUCUCGGCAUCGUGCUCAAGUACAAACAUGAUGUGCCGGACCCACUGAUCAGCACCAUUGUCCUCACCAUAGUCUGCUCGUGCACAAUAAUCUGGUUCAUUCUGCAGAGCUUCCUGUUAACAAAGUACAUGCGCUACACAUUCAGUGUUUAUGCCAUUCUCAUUCUGGGCCUGGGUGCUAUGUUCACCAGAAGCUAUCGUGUCCAUGACCUCGCUGCAAACACAGCCUAUUGUGGGUUCCUUAUGCUCCUGAUGACCAUCAUGAGCUUGAUCCAUUUGAUCUCUUCAUGUUUGCACACAAAGAAGUCCACCAAACCUGAUCCCACAGAGCCCUACAUGACAUUUGAGGGUUGUGAGACAGUGUGGCACACAAACCUCAAAAGUGACAACAUCAAGAAAGAUUUCUGCAAAAUCUGAGUUCAUGUGG